AUGUUGAGGCUCGAUAGAGGCUCAUUGAGCUUAAAUGUUGGCGACAUUACUGUUCACUCGGGUGCUUAUUGGUCCAUCAUCAACAAUGCCAUUACUGCAUUUGUUUCAAGUCUAACAGUUCAGCCCAAUGCUGGACUAUUCAUAUCAAGUACUUCACCAUUGAUCGCAUUACAAGUGACAUUACUCGGAUUGUUGAAUUCCAUCACCAACAAUGGUGUAAUAUCAUUCAAUGCUGUCGCGUCCUUGACAGCUGCACACUACAAUCUCGUUGGGUUAUCGUUUGAAAACAACGGAGAGAUGUAUUUGGGGGCGUCAGGUGUCGUUUCCAGCACCAUGCGCAUCUCUUCUGCCAAUUGGAGAAAUAAUGGUUUACUAGUUUUCCAUCAGAACCAAAGAAGUGAAGGAAGCGUCCAUUUAGGAGCUCCAUUGGGAACCAUUACCAACAACGGCCAAAUAUGUUUCCGCAAUGAAGUAUAUGAACAGACAUCCGUAAUUGCUGGCACUGGAUGCAUUACUGCCCAACAGGAUUCGACAAUAUAUAUCUCAAAUGCCGCUUUAUCAGUUUCAAGCGGACAAACAUUCUACCUAGCCGACGGAGCGUCAUCUAUGAUUGUAGAAGCAUUGUCCACACCUCAAACAUUCAACGUACGAAAUUUUGGACAAGUGAAUGGGGUUUCUAACAAAAUUGGGCUUACAAUACCGCUCUUUUCAGUACUUGGUAACCCGUGGACUUAUAAUCAACGUUCCGGAAUCUUGACCUUGAAAGGAGCAGGUAUUUUGCAACAAUAUUUCAAUAUAGGACCUGGUUAUGACGCCACAAAGUUUCAACUUGUCACUGAUAGCGGUUCUGGCAUUCCAUCCACCGUUUUAGGCUCGAUUCAGUAUAAUGGGCCAGUACCACGAGCUGUGUUAACUCGUCGGUGUAAUCUAUGCAAACCGCUACCAGAAAUUCCUGGCGCACAACCUACUGAAUACACAACCACGAUCACUUCCCAAAAUAAUGGCCACACAUCAACAGAGACUGGAAUCGUUAUCAUAUCAACAGAUGCUCACGGCGCAUGGUACACGUCAACCACAAUAUUGACAGCUGAAAUAACCGAGAAUACCCAGCGUUUGACUACAUGGACCACAACUAACACAGACGGUUCAGUUGACACUGAUAAAGGAAUCGUUGUAGAAAUCGACGACCUAGUAACUACAUUCGCAACGUUUCCAGAUGUCGAAGCAUAUACAACCACAUGGACAAGUACUGAUACAGACGGACUGGUAGUGACGGAGCUGGGAAUUGUGCUACAGAAUGAAGACUCUUUCACCACAGUCACCACUUUUCCACAGAAUGUAGAAGGAUUAGAGGCUUCGGAGUAUAUCACUACAUGGACCACAACUGAAUCAGAUGGAACAGUAGAAACGGAACUGGGACUCGUGUUACAGAUCGACGACUUAGUAACUACAUUCGCAACGUUUCCAGAUGUCGAAGCAUAUACAACCACAUGGACAAGUACUGAUACAGACGGACUGGUAGUGACAGAGCUGGGAAUUGUGCUACAGAAUGAAGACUCAUUGACGACAUUUUCCACCUUCCCAGAAAGUAUUGCAGGACCAGAGGCAUCACAAUACCCUACCACUUGGACAGCCACUGAACCAGACGGCUCGGUUGAAACAGAACUGGGUAUCGUCUUACACCAUGGAGACUCGCUAAGCACCAUUACAACUUUUGGGGUCGCAGCUGAAGUUACGUAUAGUGGUAGAUGGUCUAACUCGAGUGUUGCAUACAUUGGUGAUGACUCAGAAACCACGAACUCCCCUGAAAUUUUUCAAACUAGCCCUGGUGCUACAAGUGGAGCAGCAAACGGUGGGGCAAACAGUGGUACUGCAGGUGGAACGGACGCCGGCGCUGACCUUGAAUCGACAAAUUCGGCGAGGAAUUCAAUUUCGCCCCAGAGUUUGGGAGCCGGAAUAUCUUCGCACGUACCUGGAGACUUUACAGGUCACGUUGCCACGGUCACAUUUGAUACAGAAGAGCGUACUGCUGCUUUUACUGCUUCUGCUGCUGGAACUAGUGGAGCCCGAAUUACAGACGCAAUGGUACUGUCGACCAAGAGUAACUCAUAUUCAAAUGCUGGUGGGUUGAACUCUCUUGAUGUCACUAUUGAUACAACUGAAGCAUUUCCCACGCCUGUUCCCUCUAAAGAGGGCUCAUCUUCUGUUGGAGCUGCUAGUGGUACUGUAUUGUCGUCGCUACAAGCAAGUGCCGAUUCAGGAGCUGUCUCAAGAGCGUCUUUGGUUGUGACGUACGAAGGGUUGGGAGCAGUUAUGGGAAUGUCAUCGGUUACUAGUGUUUUGCUAUUGUUGAUUUCCAUCAUAUUAUGA